AAUUUCAUUAGUGUAAUAGGGGUUUUUUAGUCUGUGUUAUAGGGGUUAGUCACUCAAUAUUACAAAAAUUACUUAAUCAAUGUUAUGUUAUAAGUGGCUAAUAGAACUCAUACUCAAAAUUUACAUGGUCACGUUUUUGUGGUUUCAACUCUAACAUUGCCUUUUGGUUUCGACUUUCUACAAUUCAGAUUUUGGGCAAGAACGGGUUCGGAUUUUGGAGAUUCAAGAUCGCAGCUUUUCAAUUAUUCAUUGAUUUUGAUGGAUUACAAUAAGGUCGAUCCUUGUUUUGCAGCCAUAUUGAAAUGGAUAUGAAGAAGUUAGAGAAGUCUAUUGAUCUUCCUUUGGAACUACUUAUUGAGAUACUCUCAUGUCUGCCCGUUAAACCUUUGUUGCGUUUCAAGUGUGUUUCCAAGUCAUUGUACAAUGUAAUCAACAGUCCAGACUUUAUCAAACUUCAUCUAAGCCGAUCCCUCCAAGCACACUUGGAAGGGACCCUAAUCGUUUUUGGAUAUAUUUGUAUCCAUACUUUCGACUAUAGUGAUUCCCCAUGUCAUGCCACCAAACUAUACUACCCAGAUAACGAUAAUUAUCUUCGAAUGUUAGUUGGAUCAUGCAACGGCUUACUAUGCUUCUCAUGUCAAGCUGAUGAGGUUGCUCUUCUCAAUCCUGCCACCCGAGCCUGCAAAAACUUGCCAAAAAUCACGUUGACAAAUAUGUACAGGGAAUUGCGUACUCCACUAGGAUUUGGUUAUGAUUGCAUUUCCGAUGAUUAUAAGAUUUUAAGGUGUGCAAGAUUGCGAGUGGCUUAUGCUGGUAUACCUGAGUGGGAAACUUUUCUCUACAGUUACAAAACUAAUGUAUGGGAAAGCAUUCAGAACCCCCCUUGGACUUGGGAGACUGUUAUAUUAUCCCCUGGUAGUGUGGUUAACAACUCCUUGCAUUGGAUGGAUCGUGAUCAUAAAGUAAUCAAAUGUUUCGAUCUUUUCACCCAAAGGUAUUAUGAAGUACCUCUUCAUGAGAAAAUUAUUCCUGGCUAUUCACCUACAUUGUGUGUUUUAAGAGGACAGUUGUGUGUUGUAACAUUUUAUUUAGAUAUAUGGGUACUAAAGGAAUAUGGUGUGCAAGAUUCUUGGACUCGAGUAUUUCGUUGUCCUUCUGUGCAGUGGAACAGUUUAUAUAAUUCCUUCUGUAGAAUGCAUUUGGGCCUCAGUGUUGCUUGCUCAAAGGAUGGGAGCAAAAUUCUACUAGCAGUGAUGGGAGAUAGACAAAACUUCAUUUGCUGCGAUUUAAAAUCAAAAGAAGCUACGAAGAUCCAAAUCCCAGGUUUACCACCUCGAUCUCCUGCUAUACUCCAGUGGGUUGAAUCUCUUGUACCCCUGUCAGAUGAUGUGAUGAACUAUAGCGAGGGAAGAUUGGAAAAGCUGUGUGAUAUUGAAGGGAAAUUAAUUGCUGAUACAUGUAUAUGGGCGGUAUCUCUUGAAACUUAGAACUGUUAUUGCUGCUUGAUAUGUAGUUUACUUCAUCCUUGUGUAUCAGUUGACAAGGGCUGAUCGUGCACCUUAGGGAGGAUCGGGUGUUGUACCCAAGUUUCGAAUUGUUCUUGCAAAAUUAUUGUCUGUAAUUAUUCUAGAAUGCUUAGCUAGAUUAAUUAAAAUAUGAAUUUGGAUCGAGGUUGUUUGGAUUUUUAUAAAAUAAAAAAAAAAUUAUAUAAAUAUAUUA